GGGCAAAUGUCAUGGUCUCUGCACCGGAAUCGGUUGGGCCAGACACUACUCAGCAUUCAGAUGUCCCGAUCUGUCGUACAAUGUGCGCUUAUCCCAUGGAGUUAACUACCUCACUGGCGGCGCAUGAGGAUAUAGACCGACAGAUGUGGCAAGGCCAGUUGAAACUUGGGAUACACAUCGCAAAUCGCACCAUAUAUGUAAAAGUGGUCCAAGCAAGAUAUAUUCAGCCUCCCGUGGAUGCCGGAUUCAGCGUAUACGUCGAGGUACGCGUCGCUUCGAGAAAGGAACCUCGUCAACCAAUUCACUGCUUUCGGUCAAAAUCUGUGCCAGAUUCGACAUCACCACUUUUCGAUGAAUGGUUUAUAUUUUCAGCUUGCUCGGCUACGUAUCGCACAAGGAUAUACAUUGAGGUAUAUUUGAUUCAGAAUGAUACACACAACGAUGUGGUAUUCCUCGGUGGAAUGUCUUUUGGACUGCGUCAUUUGGAACGUCAAGCUAAGCUUGCGGAUCAAUUGCAUAUACCUAAUACUGUGGUCGAGCACGAGGAGCAUAAUCUGACAGCUUGUGGCGUUGAACGGCAUAGCGAUCGACCAGACAAAAUGGCCGAUUCAGUUCUGGAUUCUCGUCACAAUCUACAGAACCGAUCUUCGCCCAAUUUGUCAAAUCCACACACAGAUCAUGAUCCUUCCGAUGCACAUUGGUAUUACUUACUGUCUAAACCCGCAAGUUAUUGUCACCAUAUGUCUGCACCGGAAAAUCUGCAAUCUUUACGACACAUUCAGAAUACCCGUGGGCCAAAUGUGAUCGAGAAUCGAGGUUUGCAUCAGGUUGACUGCCGAACGAAGAGCUCAAGUUCGUCUUGCGAUAGUGCUUCCACAGUCUCGUCGCUGCCGGUAGAUGGGAACCGGCAUCUGUUAACCUCCAGGAUUUCCAGAUUUACCAUUCCACCCUCCGAUGAAGGAUAUGGCUUUACCUUGCAAGAAAGACCGACCGGAUGGUACUGCUCUUCGUCAGGACAAGACAGCAAUAACAACAGAAAUUAUUUCAGCAUAUAUAUUCAUCGUGUCAAACGGGGAUCUCCGGCUGAUCAAGUGGGACUUCCGGUCGGCGCCCGCUUGCUCGAGGUCGGCGGCAAGCUAUUAGAUGGGUUUGCGACACUGAAAGAUGUGGUUUCGCAGUUGCGCGACGCAGCAAAGGAUGAUCCAACUGAUGCAAUUAAUGUAGGAGUCCUUCAGCUCAACAAGUUAACACACGUUGGCCACCACAACUUUGUCGAGGCUUCCUGCCCGAGUGAAGGCGGCAUGUAUACUUGUACUUCCCCUACGGACGCAUUUCUAAUGGCGCCAGCUGUUCAUGGGUCAGGUGUGACAGCUGAUGGCCCCAAUCAGACUCAUACGACUCAAUCGAGUUCUCCUCCUUGGUUCUCUCAUGCCACUCAGUCUACACAUGCACAACUAACUAGCCAAGGCAAUUUACGUUUGAAUACUGUGGCAAACUGGGACAAAAAUGCGGCGUUUUUCCUUGCCCGCUGUGGACCGGCGGUAGUUUGCGAGGAGCGCUGUGUCGACGUGGAGCCCACAGAUGAAGACAACCUGCCUAGCAGAUCAGGUGAUAGCUCGAGAAGGCGUCAACGUUUUUUCAAGUUGGCCCACCCCGUGCUCAAUCUGAAGUGGUCGGAGCUGUCUCCAGAAGAGGCGCAGCGCCAAUGGGCUAUCUCUGACUUUUUGAAGAGACUGGAUCGCAUUUCCAACGAAAUGCUGUCAGGCCUACGGACCUAUCAUCUAGAGCUGAGACGGGUAGUAAAUUUGGACAAUGAGGAGUUGUCAAUGUUGUUCUGCAACAUCACCGAGAUCGCUUCUCAGACCUGGCGACUAUCACAGAAUUUGUUCGAAAGUUGUCUCCCUUACACACGUAGUGAUGAUAUGGAAAUCUCCGGUCCUUUUCACCGAAAACCGACAGGACCCCGAACGUUCGGUUCAUAUAAUGGGCAACUAAACAGUGGUGUUGGUCGUAAUGUGGAGAAUGACGCGUUCAAUCGGAAGCCGAGUCUACUUCAGCGCAUACGUAAGAGUUUUGUCGGUAGCCUGUCGAGGAAGGAGAAGCUUCCAACCAAACCAGCAGGCUCCCAUUCGAUCGGAAGUACCAUGGCUAACAGAGACGCGGGGAUCGCAAACGAGUACGAACAGGAUUCUCGGGUGCGUUUCUCUCCAGAGCAUGGACAUCUGGACAAUCCGGGAGGCCUAGUUUUCACAUCGUUACCACUGUUAUUGAAAAGUUGCGCAUCGUAUUCUGCAAGCUACCUGACGACGUUGCGGUAUGUACAUGAUAUGAAAAAGCGGCAUCCGGAUCUCCGGACUUAUUUGCGACUUCAGAGCAUGAAACCCGAGGUACCAACAUUGCUAAACUUUCUCUCCACGCCUCAAGAGCUCCAGCGCUGCCUGCUGUUCGAAUUGCAAAAAGUGAGAAAACACACUGUUUCACAGCACAAAGACAGAACCUUUUUGGAUGAGUGUAUAUUGCUGCUCAAUGAGGCAAUGCUUGGAGAUCCGGGAGACAGGAUUGCGACGCCUGAAACGUUGAGACGUCGACCAGAAGGCAGUGAAGUUCCCGAUCACACAGUCGCCACCAGACAAAAUGGAUUCCAUCGUGGGGAUAUGGAUCAUUCUCCUGAGUGGACCUCCUCCCAAUCCCCUACUGGCGGUAGUCACACCGUGUGUAACACGUCACUGGGCAUAUGCUCACAAUUCCUCUCUGGUGGUGAUAAAGAACUUCAUCAGCUCAUUCAUCUAGCUCGCCCACCUGCGUUCAAUCUUGAUUCACCUUCGCAACUGAGUUGCGCUCAAGAGUCCGGUUUAAUCUGUGACCAAUGUAUCAUAUUUCGAGGUCCCUUGAACUGUGCGCUUGGGCAGCAGAUAAAUGAACAAGAUAAGUCCGGUUCCCAAUUCCAAGAACUGUACAGAGGUCAGGUUUUCAUGUAUUUGUUGACUAACACUCUGUUAGUCGUUCAAUCCGCCGAGGACCUUUUGAUCUCGCGAACUCCGUCACAACUUUUAUGUGGCCCAGUUUCAUUGAGUGAAAUACGCAGCAUGGAAUUCAGCCUCGAUAUGCGCUUCGAUAUUGAAAUGAUGUCAAGUGUCCGGUUCAGUUUUUGCUGCCUGAGAGCUGAAGAUCAGAUUGUCUGGAAGGCCCUACUGAGACAGAGGAUUCCAACUGCCCAAUAUACCUGCGCAGCACGCCUUUAACGUGUUUUGGGAAUAUUUUCAUCUUAAUUUUGCCCACUGGACAUGUAUACAGAGCUCGUGAUAAUCGAUGCGUGGAAUCAGUACGCCUAUAUCAUCCGGUGACGGAGAGCGUUUUCGACCCCGUCGCAAAAGUGACAGAUCUCCAUGAUUUCACAGAGACAGAUCUAUAUUUGUGCUGAUCACAUUUCGUGUUUUCAAAUCCAAACUCAAUUAUAAAAGGUCACUGUUUUA